UGUAAACUGUCUGAAUGAGCAGGGGUUUUGUUUUUUUUCUCGUAUCCUUUUCCCCUAUAAAAGCUGAUAUUUGUUUUAUUUUUAUUUUUUACCGGUUAUAGUUAUGCAUACGUGGAGUCUUGUGUCCAUCUGUGUUCUACUCGGUGUUGUUGUGAGAUGGAGCGUUUCGUUAAAUUCUUAUUCAGGGGCGGGCAAACCUCCUAUGUUUGGCGACUAUGAAGCACAGAGACACUGGCAAGAAGUGACCUACAACCUCCCUGUCCAAGAAUGGUACUUCAACACAACGGACAAUGACUUAAACUACUGGGGUCUUGACUAUCCUCCUCUUACUGCUUACCACAGCUGGGUUUGUGCAUAUAUAGCCAAGAUGAUUAACCCCGAAUGGGUGGAGCUCCACAAAUCCAGAGCAUAUGAAAGCCCAGCACACAAGUUAUUCAUGAGAGCUACAGUGCUGGUGGCAGAUUUGCUGAUAUACAUCCCUGCUGUGGUUCUGUACUGUUUCUACCUGACUGAUGGAUCCUCGAGGAAAAAGGUUUCCACUCUAUUCUGCUUCCUGCUCUACCCUGGACUAAUCCUCAUUGACUACGGUCAUUUCCAGUACAAUGCAGUGAGCCAAGGCUUUGCUCUGUGGGGGAUUCUGGCUUUGGGUCUGGGCUGGGACGCGUUGGGCUCCAUGGCCUUUUCCCUGGCUCUCAACUACAAACAGAUGGAGCUGUACCAUGCUCUGCCCUUCUUCUGCUAUCUACUGGGAAAGUGUGUUAAAACCGGUCUAACAGGAAGAGGGUUUUUCAUGUUGCUGAGAAUUGCUGUGACAGUGUUGGUGAGUUUUGCCCUCUGCUGGCUGCCCUUCCUGUCUGACCCCAGCCAGGCCCUGCAGGUGGUGAGGAGGAUUUUUCCUGUGGCUCGUGGUCUGUUUGAGGAUAAGGUGGCCAACACAUGGUGCAGCUUGAACGUCCUGAUAAAGAUCAGAUUCAUUCUGUCCAGAGAUUCCCAGCUCUACCUCAGUUUAGUGUGCACUCUCCUGGCAGUCCUUCCCUCUUCUAUCAAACUCCUGACAAAGCCAGACUUCUGGCAGUUUAAACUGGCCUUGGCUAACUCAUCCCUGGCGUUUUUCCUCUUCUCCUACCAAGUCCAUGAGAAGUCCAUCCUCUUGGCUGCCUUGCCCGUCUGCCUCCUGUUGAAUGACCUGCCCCUGGUGGUUAUUUGGUUCCUGCAGGCCUCAACAUUCAGCAUGCUGCCUCUAUUUCUGAAGGAUGGUCUGCUGGUUCCCUACGUUGUGACCUCAGCGGGCUUCCUCUUCUUUAGCGUCUAUCUACUGUCUGCACUGGAACGCUGCACGGAGGACGAGCUGAGACUGGGUGCUUACCACAAGCUGCUGUUUUUCCUACCCAAAAUGGACUUGGCCUGUAUGAUGAGGUGGAAGUUCUAUGUCAGCAUCGCAGCAAUGGCCGGUUUGAGUGUCGCAAGUGUGGCUCUGGUCCCGCCGCCACAUCUACCCGACUUGUUUCCUGUGCUGGUGUCCGUCACUGCUUUCCUGCACUUCUUGGGGACAUUUAUAUAUUUAAACAUUGUCCAGUUCAGCAGGCCGCCCACCAGAAAGAGCCAGAAGAAGAUAAACUGAUUUAUGCUGCUAAAUGGUAAAAAGGGUUUUGAGGCUUUGUGUGGACUCAUGAAAUCAUGUACCAAAUUCAAAACAUCACAGGUGCUUAUGAGUGAGACUUUUCAUCAUGCAACUAUAUUACGCCAGCUCAGAGGUGCUGUGAUAUUAAAUGAAGGUGGACGAUAAUGAUAUAUUUUUUUUCCAUUAUUUUUGGACCAACUCUGAAAUAUUUAAUUAAUGUGUCUGUCUGUACGCUCACUGUUUACAAUUGCGUUAGAUGUAAGGUGUUACAUCUCAGUACUUAAUCUGAGAAGUGUGAUGAAAUGCUCAAAUCAUGGGAUUUAGUUUUCUUUCUUUUUUUUACAAUUUUCUACUGUCAAUGUCUAUUGAUAAUUGAAGAUAUUUUGUACAAAGUUAGUAAAGGAAAAAAAAUAAAGUUUUCAAUGAGCUAAA